GGACGGACGGACGCGGGCGCCGGCCGGAAGGAGGGGUGGGAGGGGGGGCCGCGUCCCGCGCCUCGCCGGUCCCCCCCCGCCCCGCGCCGCAAGAUGGAGACGCACAUCUCGUGCCUGUUCCCCGAGCUGCUCGCCAUGAUCUUCGGCUACCUGGACGUGCGAGACAAGGGCCGCGCGGCGCAGGUGUGCGCGGCCUGGCGCGACGCCGCCUACCACAAGUCGGUGUGGCGGGGGGUGGAGGCCAAGCUGCACCUGCGCCGGGCCAACCCGUCGCUCUUCCCCAGCCUGCAGGCCCGGGGCAUCCGCCGCGUGCAGAUCCUGAGCCUGCGCCGCAGCCUGAGCGCCGUGGUGCAGGGCCUGGCGGGCAUGGAGAGCCUCAACCUGAGCGGCUGCUACAACCUGACGGACCACGGGCUGGGCCACGCGCUGGUGGCCGAGGUGCGCUCGCUGCGCGCGCUCAACCUGAGCCUCUGCAAGCAGAUCACCGACAGCAGCCUGGGCCGCAUCGCGCAGUUCCUGCAGGGGCUGGAGGUGCUGGAGCUGGGCGGCUGCAGCAACGUCACCAACACGGGGCUGCUGCUGCUGGCCUGGGGGCUGCCGCGCCUGCGCAGCCUCAACCUGCGCUCGUGCCGGCACCUGUCGGACGCGGGCAUCGCGCACCUGGCCGGGCUGACGCGCGGCGCGGCCGCCGGCUGCCUGCGGCUGGAGCAGCUGUCGCUGCAGGACUGCCAGCGCCUGUCCGACCUGGCGCUGCGCCACCUGGCGCGCGGCCUCACCGGCCUGCGCUCGCUCAACCUCAGCUUCUGCGGCGGCAUCUCGGACGCGGGGCUGCUGCACCUGUCGGCCAUGGGCAGCCUGCGCUCGCUCAACCUGCGCGCCUGCGACGGCGUCAGCGACGCGGGCAUCGCGCACCUGGCCACCGGCGGCCUGCGCCUGGCCGGCCUCGACGUCUCCUUCUGCGACAAGGUGGGCGACCAGAGCCUGGCCUAUAUCGCGCAGGGCCUGGACGGGCUGCGCUCGCUCUCGCUCUGCUCCUGCCGCAUCAGCGACGACGGCCUGGGCCGCAUGGUGCGCCAGAUGCACGGGCUGCGCACACUCAACAUCGGGCAGUGCGCGCGCAUCACCGACCGCGGCCUGGAGCUCAUCGCCGAGCACCUGAGCCAGCUGACGGGCAUCGACCUCUACGGCUGCACGCGCAUCACCGAGCGCGGCCUGCAGCGCGUCACGCAGCUGCCGCGCCUCAAGGUGCUCAACCUGGGCCUGUGGCAGAUGACGGACGGCGGCGAGAAGGUCAGGUGAGGCCGGGGCCGGCCCGGGGCCUCCCCGCGCCCCGCGCCCGCGCCGGGGCCGCCUGCGCGCCUCUUCCCCGUGUCUGCGGGGCGCAGCCGCCCCGGGCCUGGACUGGACGCGGCCCGGGGCUUCAUCGAUGACGACCGGACGCGCACCGGACUGCGGCGGGCCGGGGCUGGGCCGGAGGACUGGACGCCGGCCCCCCGAGGCCCACGCGGGACCCCCGCGCCCUCCGAGACCCACGCGGGACCCCCGCGCCCUCCGAGACCCACGCGGGACCCACGCGCCCCGAGGCCCACGCGGGACCCCCGAGGCCCACGCGGGACCCCCGCGCCCUCCGAGACCCACGCGGGACCCCCGCGCCCCGCGCGCUCGGCACCGAUUGUGAAUUUGUACAGAGGAUCUCCCGGCUCCCGGAGACGUUUAUAUUCUUACCGCAAGAGGCUAAACCGAUGAUAUUUAUAUAACGAGAGGAAGAUGAAGUAUGUUUUUGAGAAAAAAAGAGAGAA